UGCUAACUACAUUUACUUUUUUAUUGUUUUUCUAUUCAUGAAGAAAUAAAUAUGGAAUGGGUUAAAACUAUCAGGUUGGUAUGUCAUAAUGAUGUAUUUAUGUAUUAUUUUUUCUUUUCAGUAUGAGGAGAGUAAAGCAAGAAAUAUUGCGUACAAACCGACAGCGUGGUAUUAUCACCAUUUUGAUUUUAUCCCUACUCCUAAAAAAAUGCCUAGAUAUAACGACCACCUAGGAUUCGUAGUUAUACCGAUUGCCGCUCCAAAUCAACCAGAUGCAAAUGAAGCUAGUUCUAAACCCAGGGCAGUAAAUAAUAUUGGUGAACAACCUGAAUUGAAACAAUUACCGCAGUAUGAAACAGCCCAGAUAACCACUACAAACGGACUAGUCGAAACAGAUACCACUGCACAAUUGGACCUGGAGGCCAGCACCAACGAGCCAGACCUGAUGGCCAGCCCCAACGAGCCAGACCUGAUGGCCAGCACCAACGAGCCAGACCUGAUGGCCAGCACCAACGAGCCAGACCUGAUGGCCAGCCCCAACGAGCCAGACCUGAUGGCCAGCACCAACGAGCCAGACCUGAUGGCCAGCACCAACGAGCCAGACCUGAUGGCCAGCACCAACGAGCCAGACCUGAUAGCAGAAGAACCAAACAGCUACCAAAAUCUUUCGGUUUCAGACUACUUACUUGUAAUCGAGCGAGACCAAACAACCAUGCAAUUUGUUGCAUAUGAAUUGGAUAAAAAUGCUGUGGCACACCUUAAGCUAGCGUAUAGCGACAAUUAA